AUGGUUUGUUACUCUAUAUCUGUCAUUGCCAUUGUAUCAACAUUUUUAGCCAUAUAUUCACUUUCUCUUUUCUUGAAUUCAAAAGCCAAAAAUUUCAAUGAGGUAAGUUUAAUAGGAACAAAUAAAGGGUGUGAUAUUUAUAAAGGAAGUUGGGUUCUUGAUGAAUCAUAUUCUCUUUAUAAUACAUCAACUUGUCCUUUUAUUGAACGUUCAUUUGAUUGUCAAAAGAAUGGAAGACCUGAUAAAGAUUAUUACAAGUAUAGAUGGCAACCAUUUGGAUGUAAUUUGCUAAGAUUUAAUGGAACAGAAAUGUUGUCGAAAUACAAAGGGAAACGCAUCAUGUUUGUUGGAGAUUCACUUGGUCAAAAUCAAUGGCUUUCUCUUGCAUGUAUGCUUCAUGUUGCAGCACCACAAGCCAAUUAUAGCCUUGAUAGAAUUGGAAAGAUUUAUACAUUCAACAUCUUGGAAUACAAUAUUUGGUUAUUGUUCCAUGGGAAUCCACUCAUUGUUGAUAUUGUCACUAAGAAAGGCUCAAGGGUACUCCACAUUGAUUCCAUCAGUUUUUACAAUGUUUGGAAAGAAAUGGAUGUCUUGGUUUUUAAUACAUGGCAUUGGUGGGAUCGCACAGGACAAAAACAAACUUGGAAUGUUAUCCAAGAAGGGAAUAUUACGUAUAGAGAUAUGGACAGACUGGAACUUUAUACGAAAGGAAUAAAUACAUGGGCCAAAUGGGCUGAUUCUAAUCUUAAUUACACAAAAACAAGAGUGUUUUUUCAAGGAGUUUCACCUGAUCAUGAGGGAUGUGAAGGAAAAAUAGGACCAGCAAAAAGUCCAGGAAUUAUACAUCCAGGAGAAAUAGAGCUGGAAAAAGCUUUGAAAACUAUGUCAAAAUCAUUCGUUCGUUUGAUCAACAUAACAAGAUUAUCACAGUACAGAUCAGACGGUCAUCAAUCCGUCUAUAAUAAUAUAUUGGAUUGUGUCCAUUGGUGUUUACCUGGGGUGCCUGAUGCAUGGAAUCAAAUCUUUUAUCACCUUCUAAAUUCAUAGUUUUAGAAUAUUUUUGUUCAAUUUUAAUUUUAAUUUUAAUUUUUAAUUCACACUUUUUAUCUAGAGAUUUGCAAAAAAGUUAGUAGUUCCACAUGGACUAUAAACGACACAAAUAUGAAUUAAUCGAAUUAAUAAGUUAUAAAUGAAAGACCCGACCAAUAUCCUAUCGAGAUCAAAACCUUGUAAGUUAAUGUUCUCA